GACCCUGUUUCUCCUCGUGGCACUUUCGAGGCGGGAGCCUCCUCCCUGCCCUUUGCCCCGUGAGGGCCGGGGCCAAGGAGGGCUCCGGCCUUCGCGGCUCCACUCGCGGCUCAGUCCCAGCGAUGGCGUUCGCGGUGCGGUUGCGCGGGCUUCUCCCCUACCUUCGCACGCGGCUCUGGGCUACGGCGGGGCCCGAGGCGGCGGGCUGCGGGCGGCGGGGCCGUCCGAGCCUUUGGCUAGGUGGCAGCGAGAUUCUUAGAAAUGCUGUAGUUUUCAAAAGGGGCCUUAUAAUCUCAGCAUUGUCUUAUUUGGGCUUUGAAACUUACCAACUGAUUUCUCAGUCUGCUGUGGUUCAUGCUGAAGUCAAUGUUGAGGAAAUCCUUGAACAAGCAGACUACCUAUAUGGCAGUGGAGAAAUAGAAAAACUUUAUAAUUUGCUGGCCCAAUACAAACAAAGUGAGGAUGCAGAGUUGCUAUGGCGUCUGGCACGGGCAUCCCGAGAUAUAUCUCAACUUAGUACUACCUCUGCAGAAGAUAAGAAACGGCUGGUAUAUGAAGCUUUUGUGUAUGCAAAAAAAGCACUUGAAAAAAACGAAUCAAGUUCUGCAGCUCACAAGUGGUAUGCUAUCUGUAUCAGCGAUGUUGGAGAUUAUGAAGGUAUCAAGGUUAAAAUUGGAAAUGCCUUCAUUAUCAAGGAACAUUUUGAGAGAGCAAUUGAACUGAAUCCUAAAGAUGCCACCUCAGUUCACCUUAUCGGUCUUUGGUGUUAUUCAUUUGCUGAAUUGCCUUGGUACCAAAGAAACAUUGCUAAAGUGUUGUUUGCAACUCCUCCCACUUCCACAUUCGAGGAGGCUCUAAAAUACUUUCAAAUGGCAGAACAAGUGCAUCCAAACUUCUACAGCAAAAAUUUGCUUUUCUUGGGAAAGACUUAUCUGAAGUUAAAAAACAAAAAGCUUGCUGCCUUCUGGUUAUUGAAAGCCAAGGACUACCCAGCUCACACAGAGGAGGACAAACAGGUACAAAAAGAAGCCGCCGAGCUGCUCAAAUCUGUUGGCGACAAGAAUUGAGAACUUUUACUUGAAUAAAGCAGCACAUAAAAGAUUUCUAA